AGUAGGAUUUGGUGUUACGCACGCCUUGGGAAGUGUAGUACUCUUCCUCCGGCAUGUCUCCCCAGAAAUACGGCGGCGGUGUCGCCGGAGCUGAAUUGUUUGACUUCUCCGCCUCAGACGACAUCGUUUUCGUUUUCUUUUCUUCUUCUCUACUGAAUUUGGUUGGUGGAGUCUGGGAAAGUGAACGCACGAAGGAGAUUAAUGAGAAUAUAUAUACAAGAAACAGUUAAAGAGUUAUGUGUUCUGCCGUUUCUGACAAUGUAAGAAAAGGAGAAUUAUCAUGCCCCUUUUAGUAAAUAAUUAAAUCUUAUAUUUAACAAACUAUUAUUAUAACUUUGUAAAAAAAUAAGAAAAGCAAUAACUAUUUUAUACAUCAAAGUUAAAAACAUUUAAUCUUUUCUAAACUAGAAAACAAUCUAAAACAUUUUUUUUUUGGAAACACAAUCUAAAACAUUUAACACUUGAAAAUUGAGACAAUGUAAUUUUCUAAAUGACUUUGAUUCUGUUAUUGAGAAUGAUAUUUUAUUAAUUUUACAAUAAUUUAAAUGUAAUAAAAUAUGAUUAAAUUUAAACAACUUAAAAAAAUAGGAGGGGUAAAUGAUUGAUUUCUUCAGCUCACCAACUACGCUGGGGUGGGCUCGGAUAAGGUUUGGUGGGGUCAGUAGAGUUGGUGCGGAAAGUUGGUGUGAGGAUCCGACCCGACUUGACCUGGUUCAUGUCGGAUAAGUCAUUUGUUCACCUACCCCGAUUCGGUUCGCUAGUAUGAGCCUACCUAACUUAGCCACCUAACCCCAUAGAUUUGUACCGUCGGUCCGGUUUUAUUUCAGCCCGAGUCUUGGGGAAUAAUUAAACAGUAGGCAUUUAUAUGUUUUAAAACCCAUUGGGCCUUCUUCUCGUAGGCCAUUGAUUAAACUUCUCUUUCCAGACAAAACCUAUAGUUCAUCUUCAUAAUUGUGACCCAGUUCAUAUGCUAAAUGUUUCUAUUACUAUUGCAUUGAUUGAAAAUUAAAAUGUAACAUUGGCCUUGAUUCCGAAAUUUUUUAGAAGUUAUAUGCAUAAUAGUUCCCGAAAUCUAAGAUUUGGUCCUAGAAUACUCUGCAGACCAAUCGAAAGAAACUGAUUGAUAAAAAGAUAAGAUAAUUUGAUACGAAAAGGAUAUGUAAAAAAAGUAAUCAUAAGAAAUAAUGACAAAUUUAAUAUCUAUGGGAACCUAUAAAAUAUAUUCAAAUAUGUAGCUUCCUCGUAUAUUACUGACACCCGUUAUUGGAAAAGUACACAAAUCGGUGUACCAUAUCAUUCAUUUAUUUUAGCAGGAACAUGCAUGGGAACACAAUUACUACUCCCUCCGUUUUUUAAUAUAAGUCGUUUUACAGCUAUAUACGUAGAUUAAGAAAACUUUUAAUUUUUUAUAUUUUCUAAACAAAAACAUCAUUAACUAUUUAUCUAACCACAAUUCAACCAAUAAAAAAAUAUAAGAUAUAUUAUCAUUGGUCAUACAAUAUUAAUUAUUAAUAAAUUUUACAUAGAAAACCGAAAACGACAUAUAAUUUGGAACAAAAAAGUUUUUCUAAAACGACUUAUUAUAAAAAACGGAGGGAGUAUUAAUUAUUGACGUAUUAUUCUGUUAGUUAUUUGAAAAUAAAAAUGUUUACUUUUUAAUAUAAAGAUCCCGUGAUUGAUGUCAAAAAGAUUCUGUAAUUAUCUAGUCAUAGACAACAUAUUGAUUUGUUCCGCCAGCUAGAUGGCUUCAUAAUUAUUGGUUUUGAUUUUUUAUUUCUCAACUAUUGAUCUCAACUAUACGAACAAACUUAUAUUCUCUCUGGCAAAAUGAUUUUUAUAUUUUCAUAAAUUAAUAUUUUAUAAAAAUAAAUUAGAUUUUAUCAAACUAUAAAAUUAUUAAUGGUAUAACAAAAAUAAUAUUUUUAUGAUGUACUAAUCAGUGUGUUGUGUGUGAGAAGUAAAAAUCUGUUUAAUAUGAAACGGGAGAUAAUAUAUAUAUUCAAGUUCUUUAAAACAUUUUUUUCGUCAACGAACUGUAUAUACAAAUUAAAAAAAUGAUGGAUGUCUGUUAAUUAUAAAAGAAAAAAAGAAAGAGAAUGAAAGUCAGGAUUCAUCAAACUAAAAACAAAGACAGAAGACAGAAGAAGAAGGCUGGAGUAACCUAACAUUCACAUGCUUCUUCUUCAAUGUGCCACUCUUCCUCCAACACACUUAUCAUUUCUUGUCUCUGCUGUCUUUUGGGUCCAUCAAUCAUUUAAAUAUUUCCCCACUCAUAAAUUUACUUUAUCUUACAACUCAUCCAAUAUUUUAAUUACACGACAAGUAGGCUUCAAAACAUAUAUACUUUUGUCUGAAUAUUAUGUUUUGAAGCAACAAAAACAAACUUUGAAAAACGUUCUGAUCUCCGGAGAAUGCUCUGCGCUUCUCCACCGUUACUGUCAAUAAGAACAAAGAGGGCGGGAAAAUGGCGGCGUGGAAGUCAUGGAUUGUGGCGGAGAAAGCUCGGAGAUGCUUAAGGACCAUAUUCUUUGUGGCAGCAAUGACGGCAUCUCUGUUAGCUUCGUCGUUGCCCGUUCUGAUCACCGUGGCUGAUGUGGUUAUUCCUUGUCUUAUCGUCUCCAGCAUCACGUGCCUCACGUGUCACUCCGCCGCAGAACAUCUUCGUCAGUAUAGUUUCAAGACCUCUUUCAUUGAUGUACCACUCAUCUCGCUCCUGAGAUCUCUCGCCAUUAUCUGUCUCUCUUGUUUAUGUGAAGACGCAAGAUUGGCUUAUGGUCCUUAUCUUGAAACAGUGAUGUCACUUUCCUUUGGAGGGUUUCUUCUUCUUUUGGUUAAAGCUUUUGUGUUCACUAUGAAACCUCACAUGGAAGGAAAUGUCUAUAACCUCAAGAUCUCAUGGGCAAUGCCGGUUUUGUUACUAUCAUCAGCACUUUUCGGUUUAGCUCAUGUUGUGAUAGCUUAUAGAAAAACUUGUGGAGCAAGAAAGAAGCUCAUGUACCAUAAGAUUGACCAAGAAGCUGUUCUCUCGUCUAAAUCUGGUUUCUUGGGCUACAAGAAAGCUCAUCGCCAGUCUUUCACACGAUCAAACUGCAAAAUUUUAACCUUUGCCGGCGAUUUCAGACAAAACUCUUUCAGGGAAACAACUUUGGAUAGAGAAGAGGUGAUACAACCAAGACUUCUUGCAAAUGCAGACAGUUUGUUCAUCAAGAUCCAAGGGUUAAAUGUUCAUUACAAGAAGUGUUCUGCAGUGGAAGUGAAUGCAAGAAAGGUUAGACAACUAGACAAGCAGAUGUCAAACUUAGUAGUGCAAACUCAAAGCAAUCAUUUGCAUAGAAGCUACACCAUUCAGCCUGAUAGAUCCUCUUUGUAUGAUCCUCUGUUAGCGACUUAUCCAACUACACCCAUCAGCUUGUUCAACAAGGAUGAUAUGAAUCCUGGUGAUGAUCUGGAGAGAAAUGAGAAUGUUGGUGUAGUUCUAGUCCAUGGAUUUGGAGGAGGAGUCUUCUCUUGGAGACAUGUUAUGGGAGAGUUGUCUCUUCAGCUUGGUUGCAGAGUGGUUGCAUAUGACCGACCUGGUUGGGGCUUGACCUCUAGACUUGUACAGAAAGAUUGGGAAGAAAGAAACUUACCUAACCCCUACAAGCUUGAAAGCCAGGUGGAUCUACUACUUUCUUUUUGUACCGAGAUGGGGUUUUCGUCAGUGGUACUAGUUGGCCAUGAUGAUGGUGGUUUGCUUGCUCUCAAGGCUGCUGAAAGAGUACAAGCCUCUACGUUCAAAUGCAGUGUUUCAAUCAAAGGAGUGGUGUUGAUAAACGUUAGCUUAUCAAGAGAAGUAGUCCCUGCCUUUGCUAGGAUACUUCUUCAUACAUCACUUAGGAAGAAGCACUUGGUUCGUCCUUUGUUGAGAACAGAGAUAACCCAAUUGGUGAACCGGCGUGCAUGGUGUGACACAACCAAGCUAACCACUGAUGUCUUAAUGCUCUACAAGGCUCCUCUAUGUUUAGAAGCUUGGGAUGAAGCACUCAAUGAGAUAAGCAAGUUAUCAUAUGAGAUGAUUCUUUCACCUCAAAAUGCAUCAGCUCUGUUGAACUCUGUUGGAGAUCUUCCGGUCUUAGUUGUUGCUGGGACUGAAGAUACUCUUGUUCCUUUGAAAUCCUCACAAGCUCUGGCUUCUAAACUCGCCAAUUCUAGAUUUGUAGCACUAUCUGGAUGCGGACAUCUGCCACAUGAAGAGUGUCCUUCAACACUUGUAUCUGCUCUCUGCUCCUUCAUUAGCAGACUGAUACCUAAAGUACCAAACUCCUAAAACUAUCUCAAUGACAAGAGUUUAAUGAAACAACAACAUUUGCAAGAACUCAACAGCUCUUAAGGGAUCAAAACUUCAACUAGAUUUGCUACAAAGGGAGGAGAACCUUACCUUGGGAUCACAUUAUCUGCACAAAUUGGAGCUGGAGCUUUGGCAUUAAACUAACCAAGUGAAUAUAUUCUUCUCGACUGCAACCUGUGCCUCUUCUUAUGUAUCAUGUAAAUGUAAAUACGAUUCAUGUUCAGACUAUUCAGAGAAAAACACAUUGUUUUGCUUACAAGCUUCUAGUCAGAAAAUGAGUUUUAGAUAAA